AUGCGUUCCACCAUUUUGUUAGCCUUGGCAGCCUCAUCCGCCCUUGCAGUGCAAGUCACCACAGUAUUCAAUUUCACCAGUGCCAUCGAUAUUGAGAACAGUGAGCUGCGCACUAAUGGCCACCUUCUACUUACUACUUUUGAAGAGGGUCAACUUUAUACCCUUGACCUCAAUGCGGAAGAUCCACAGGCCGAGUUAGUGGCUGCCCUCCCUGGCGCAACUGCUCUUUGCGGCAUCACGACUAUUGCCGAGGACAAGUAUGCUGUUAUUGGUGGUGUCAGGGGUAGUUAUCACUAUUACAACGAGACUAUCUACACUGUGGAUUUCAGCAAGGAUUCCGCCAAUCCGGUCAUCCUGAAAGCCGCUCACCUCCCCGACGCCAUCAUGUCAAAUGGUAUGGCGGCACUCCCGAAGCUUCCCCAUGUUGUCUUGGCCGGCGACGCUCGCCGGGGUCUUAUCUUCCGCAUCGACACCACAACUGGUGCUUACAAGGUCGCUUUCAAGGACGAGCUAUUGAAUGCCCCAUCGAACGCCUCAAUCCCAAUCGGUGUGAACGGGCUCAAGGUUGUCGGAAACAAUGUAUACUUCACCAACAGCGCUCGCAACAUUUACGCCAAGAUCCUCAUUAGCGAUGAUGCCGAAACCUUUGGGGAUGUGAAAAUCAUUAACACCCUGGACUCCACGACUGACGACUUCGACGACUUCAUCGUCGACUCGAAUGGGGUUGCAUACGUCUCUCAGCCUACCAAUAAGAUUGCGCAGAUCCAGCCGGACGGAUCCCGUAAGGUUUAUGUUGGUGGUGAUGGUAGCAAGAUCUCCAGUCCUACGUCUGUUCAGAUUGCAAGCGACGGAUAUGCCUAUAUGACAUCUGGUGCCGGUUCGGUGGUCAAGUUCAAGCUGCCCCCUGGCACCACUCUCGCCAGUGGCGAGGUUUAA